CGAUCGAUCGGAAUCAAUGGAGGGAAAUCUUCCACCGGGAUUUAGGUUUCACCCCAGUGAUGAAGAGCUCAUAACAUAUUACCUCAGUAACAAAGUUUCUGAUUUUACCUUCACUGCAAAAGCCAUUGCCGAUGUUGAUCUCAACAAGUGCGAGCCUUGGGAUCUUCCAGGCAAAGCUUCAAUGGGUGAAAAACAAUGGUAUUUCUUUAGCUUGAAAGACCGGAAGUACCCAACCGGGCUGCGGACCAACAGAGCAACAGAAGCAGGCUACUGGAAAACCACUGGCAAAGACAAGGAGAUAUUCUGUGGUGGUGUGUUGGUAGGGAUGAAGAAAACCUUAGUCUUCUACAGAGGGAGGGCUCCCAAGGGAUUAAAGACCAAUUGGGUUAUGCAUGAAUAUAGACUCGAAAACAAACAUGGCUUCAAACCUGCUAAGGAGGAAUGGAUAGUGUGCAGAGUGUUUGAAAAGAGCUCAACAGCAAAGAAGCCACAGGCAACUUCAUCUUCUCCACAAUCCCCAGAGUCUCCAUGUGACACCACCACCUUUGCAAGUGAGUUGGAGGACAUUUCAGACCCAUCAAACCUUUCUUGGCAAAACAAUAAUUACUUCAACACCCCCAACCCCAUCACCACACUCCCAUUGCUCCCUUGGCCUCCAGCCCUUCUAACCCCCACCACCAACCUUUCCUCAGUCAAUUCUAUGCUCUUUAGGGCCUUACAACUUAGAGCCAACCAAGCACCCAUUGCCACUACUUUUGGUUACUCUCAUACACCACAAGGGAGUGACAAUCAUCAUCAUCAUCUUCUCACCCAAUUUGAAAAUGAUUUUAACAAUUUCGCCGUUACCACGGCUUCUUCCUCUAUGGUUUUGGAUUCUGUGAACCAGCAAGAACCACCAAUGGAGCAACCUUAUAGAUUGGACUCCAACAUUUGGUGAAUUUGGGGCAAAUUAAUAGAAUCAGAACUAACUGUUGUUUGUAUGUAAAGGAAUUGGAACCAACCAAGACUAUGUUAUUGUUGGCAUUGCUUAGUUUUACAGUUUCGCUAUAAUAUUCAAGCCAAUAUAUAUUUAGGGCAAUAAGUGAGAGCAAAAAUAAGUGUACUAAUAUAUAUAUAUGUAGUGUUGCAAUUGUGAUUAUAGGGACAUGAAAAUCCCAA